AUGCAAGAAACAGAUGCUUUAAAAUCAUAUGGAUUGACUGCAGAAGAAGUUGCAGAUUCUACAGUGGUAGGAAGAAAGAAGCAGGCAGAGGCAGAGUGGAACACUCUCCAUCAGUCUAUUAGCUGGUUCUUCUUUAGGCACAUGCCGUACAUUUUGUUUCUCACAAUUGGAUUCUUUUUUAUUACUCUCAACAUGACAACUCUGCUGAGGCAUCCAGAAAGACUUUACAUUGCAAACGAGUCUCAGAUAAAGAUGCUCAAAAACUGUAUGUUCGGAGGAAUCGGAAUAAGCUGUGUGUUCUAUGGGUCAAUUUUAUUAACAAUGCUGACAACCAGACUGUCCAACCUUCCAAGCAUAUGGAGCAGAAUAGCCUCUUUUGUUGUAAGAGUUGUGCUGUUUCUGUUGUUUACUGCGCCCAUCUGCUACAUGCUGCUUAUAUACAUAAACACGCUAUCCUUUAUGCAGACAGGCGCUUUUAUGAUAACAGUGUACAUAUUUACAAUGUACAUUGUGACAGCAGGAAUUCUUUCAAUCUCAAACUAUCUAUACAAAAAACUAACCAGACCUACAGGCAUUUCAAAAAAACACAUAAAUGAUGUGUCUGACCCAAGCAGCAACAAAGGCUUCCUGUUCUACACCCUGGCUUUUGGCUUGAUUUUGGUGGGCUCUGUAGGGAUUUUUAUACUGCCAUGCCUAGUUAAUGUAUACCACAUGAUAAUGAAGACCCAAGGUAUUCAAAUUAUAGAUAAAGCAUAUUUAAAAUAUAUUAGCAUAGCAUAG